GCUCGCACACACUUGCCUUCCAUGACUCGCACUCGAGGCCGCUCCCCGUCCGGCAGAGGGGGGUGUGGGGGACGGCCCAGUCCUGCACCCUCGGAGAGGGGCUCUCGGGCUGGAAGUUAGCAGGGAGCGAAGCCUGUGGGAGCCGGGAGCCGGUCGGCCGUGCACACUGACAGCCGAGCAGGGCGCUCUCUCCAUUUGCAGUUUUUUUAGUGUCAUUUUAAGUUGCAGCUUCGGGCCAAUCAGCGAGCUCCAUGCCUGCUGACAUCACGGGGCAGCCAGUUCCCUCCAGCUGCAGAGAGCUUCAGUUUGUCUUUUUUUUUAAACUAAAAUGGAGGCUGGUUUCUUGCCUUAAGGAGUACAUUGCCUUUCCCGCUGGAGUCUAGAUGUGGACAUGUAAUAAAGCGGGCAGCAGGAUGGUGGUGGACGCGGCGAACUCCAACGGGCCUUUCCAGCCCGUGGCCCUUCUCCAUAUUCGAGAUGUUCCUCCUGCUGAUCAAGAGAAGCUUUUUAUCCAGAAGUUACGUCAGUGUUGUGUCCUCUUUGACUUUGUUUCCGAUCCACUAAGUGACCUAAAGUGGAAGGAAGUAAAACGAGCUGCUUUAAGUGAAAUGGUAGAAUAUAUCACCCAUAAUCGGAAUGUGAUCACAGAGCCUAUUUACCCAGAAGUAGUCCAUAUGUUUGCAGUUAACAUGUUUCGAACAUUACCACCUUCCUCCAAUCCUACGGGAGCAGAAUUUGACCCCGAGGAAGACGAGCCCACGUUAGAAGCAGCCUGGCCUCAUCUACAGCUUGUUUAUGAAUUUUUCUUAAGAUUUUUAGAGUCUCCAGAUUUCCAACCUAAUAUAGCGAAGAAAUAUAUUGAUCAGAAGUUUGUAUUGCAGCUUUUAGAGCUCUUUGACAGUGAAGAUCCUCGAGAGAGAGAUUUUCUUAAAACUACCCUUCACAGAAUCUAUGGAAAAUUCUUAGGCUUAAGAGCUUACAUCAGAAAACAGAUAAAUAAUAUAUUUUAUAGGUUUAUUUAUGAAACAGAGCAUCACAACGGCAUAGCAGAAUUACUGGAAAUCCUGGGGAGUAUAAUUAAUGGAUUUGCCUUACCACUAAAAGAAGAGCACAAGAUUUUCUUACUGAAGGUGUUGCUACCUUUGCACAAAGUGAAAUCUCUGAGUGUCUACCAUCCACAGCUGGCGUACUGUGUAGUCCAGUUUUUAGAAAAGGACAGCACCCUCACUGAGCCAGUGGUGAUGGCGCUUCUCAAAUACUGGCCAAAGACUCACAGUCCAAAAGAAGUCAUGUUCUUAAAUGAAUUAGAAGAGAUCUUAGACGUGAUUGAACCGUCGGAAUUUGUGAAGAUCAUGGAGCCGCUCUUCCGGCAGCUGGCCAAAUGUGUGUCCAGCCCACACUUCCAGGUGGCGGAGCGAGCACUGUAUUACUGGAACAAUGAGUACAUCAUGAGCCUGAUCAGCGACAAUGCAGCAAAGAUCCUACCCAUCAUGUUUCCUUCCUUGUACCGCAACUCCAAGACCCACUGGAACAAGACAAUACACGGCUUGAUCUACAACGCGCUGAAGCUCUUCAUGGAGAUGAACCAGAAACUGUUUGACGACUGCACCCAGCAGUUUAAAGCAGAGAAACUGAAAGAGAAGCUAAAAAUGAAAGAACGAGAAGAAGCGUGGGUUAAAAUAGAAAAUCUAGCCAAAGCAAACCCCCAGUACGCAGUGCAUAGUCAGGUGAGCGCCGUGGUCAUUCCAGUUGCAGUGGAGACGGAUGGGCCUCUACUUGAAGAUGUGCAGACGCUGAGAAAGGCCCGGAACGAAGAGGCUCGCCAGGCACAGAAAGAUCUGAAGAAGGACCGGCCUGUCGUGCGCCGCAAGUCCGAGCUGCCUCAGGACCUCCACACCAAGAACGCCUUGGAGGCUCACUGCCGAGCUGAUGAGCUGGUCUCCCAGGACGGGCGCUAGCCCCCUCCCCGACCCCACCUCGGAGGACCGCGUCGGGCUGGGGAUGCCUGUUCUUUCCUGGAUUCUGUAGAAAAUACAUCCUUUUUGUGCCAUACAAAUCAGUUACACUCAGAGUCAGAGCUUUCUUCAACCCCGUCCUGUAGGCAAUAAUGCACGUCUGCCUCAGCGCGAGAUUAGGAGUUCAAACAAUGGUGGCCUCUCAGAUGGGUUGGCAGAGCCGAGGGCCACUGGCCACGUCCCCAGCCGGUGGGCUCAGCCCCGGCACAGCCCCCGUAAGACUACUUCCCAAAAUCAGAGCUAAGGAGAGCACCCUGGUCAUCAUCUUCAUGUCCUGCCCAACCGGAAUUCGUGAUCAUUUAAAAAUAAGUGGUUCUAUGAUACUAUCAAUGUUCUUCAAAUCAAAGGAACACUUUCAAAAAAGUUUAUUACAUAUUUUUGAAGACUUUACAAACCUUUUCCAUUGUUUCUCCGUGAUUGUUAUGCCAGUAGCUUCCCUCUCUCUCUCUCUCUCUCUCCCCCCCCCUCCUCUCUUUCUCUUUUUCCUUUCUUUUUAUCUCAUUGAGAUGGUUCUUUGCUGUCCCCGUUCUAACAUAACUUACUGGGAAAAGUGACAUGACAAUCCUCAGCCGCUGUGUUUGCUGAUGGUAUCUCUUUCCUUUGAUUAGUGACAUCUAUGAUGUGUCACUUCUUCUGUGUAUAGUUAAAGCCAUAUUUCUAAGCCGGGGGUCCAGCACCAGCGACCCCAGGAGUUAAGCUCAUAGGAGAAACUUAUUUUAAAACAGAGCUCUGUCUGUCUACCUUGGCCGCAAUUGGAAUUUUCAAAUGAUGUGUCCCAUGUUUUGUUUGUUUGCAGACUUUUAUUUUCUCUAAACAUUGUUGCCCUUUCACAAGGCUCUUGAACUAAUAAAGUUAUCAUCUCUGAGAAUCCAUUUUCUACAUUUUAUAGAAGGUUAGAACGAGAUCAUCUUGAGUCAGGCCACAUCUUGGCCGGACGCGAGCUGCAGCUGCCUCUGGGCGUAAAGUAACAAAAAUGCCACGGUGCGUGCGGGGCGCCACCCUGACGUCCCCUCACUGCCGGGACAUGGUCCCCAGGCCUCAGCGGGCGGCGGUGGCGCGAGGGCUUACCGGGAACCGCGUCCAGGUGAACAGAGCACACAUUACAAACACCUCAUGAGGAAAAUACAGCGUCUAAGUUCCCCUCGGUCUUCAAAUGCUGCUAUUAGAUUUCACGGACUUCCUUGCAUGUGUUGAGCUUUUUGUUAGGAAUGGAAUAGCACGAGGAGAAACACCUUUACACUUAGUGCUUGGUCUGCUCCGUAUUUCUCUCAGGGUGGCCCGUGUUUUGACUUCUUUACCCCGCUUGAGAGCCGUUUGAGAUGCGUCCUGCUCUUCUAAACAAGUGACUCUGGUUUCUUUUGUCUCUGGCAUAAGAUUUUAUUCAGUUCACGUUAAACGUCUUGAUGCAUAAAAAGAUAAAACGUGGCUUCUUUUAGGAUCUGUAUUUUAAUCGAGGUCUUGGGUGUCCACGGAAACACUGGGAAGCAGACCUGGUUCCCUGCGUGGCCGUGGUACCUGCUGCCCCCGGUGUCACUUAGCCCACCCGUGAUGUUGAUUUCCUUCUGUCCCUAGAGGAAGAUCAUGGAAGGGGGGGAGGGGUUCUGGGUUAGGAGCCAAGUACUAACUGAAAAGCUUGCCCCAGCUAAAAGUGGGAAAGGCCACUUUGCAAGAAGAAACACUUCCUGAGAAACUUGACAAGUUAUCUAUCCAUUUUACCAUUAUGAAAUUUAUAAUUUAAAAAAAGUUUAGAUGCCUUCUCCUUUUGAGGGAAAAAGGGUGCUUUUUAUUGUAUAAAGCAGCGUCUUAUGUAUUUUGAUAUACCAUUGUUUGAACUUCCGUCUUUAGCUGAUAGAUUCUCAAAUAUCCUUGAUUUUGGAUGUUCAGUAUGUGUGUGAGAGAGGGUUCUGGGAAGACUCUCUUCUGCCCUAGGUAAAAAGCAAAAUAUCCAUGAUUUGGGUGAUUGUAUAAAGCUCAACCUGUAAGAACACCUUCUUGUCUAGGUUUUAUUUCCGCUCUUUAUUGAAGACAAACAUUCACCAAAAAGGGGGGGGGAGUUUUGAGAGAGACUAAUUUUCUUUGACAAGACUAUUAUUUAAUAUUUUGGCCUAUUAAAGUUUUCCUAGUUAGUACUCAGAUUCCCUGUGCUAAUUGUUCAACUUAUAUAUUAUUAUAUAGAUACACUGUUUAUUCUGUACCAAACUGAUUUCAAAAGUACUACAUUGAAAAUAAACCGGUGACUGUUUUUCUUCAUAAAGUUCUGCGUUCUGCAUCUUCACUCUUUCCAAAAUGUAUCUGUACAUCAGAAAUGUCACUAUUCCGAGUGUCUUUUUAGUGUGGCUUUAGUAUGGCUUCCUUUUAAUAUUGUACAUACAUUGUAUCUUUGUUUUAUGGUAAUAAGUAAUAAAAAUGUAGACUUCAUAUUUUGUACAAAAUGUCCUAUGUACAGAAUAAAAAAAGUUCAUAGAAACAGCAAAAAUAGGUAAGUGGCACAAUUAUUUUUCUUUAGAAGAUAUCUGUAACUUUACGCUUUAGUGAAAUGUUAAGUACCUACAUAUUUUUUAACAUUUUGUAAUUCUCAAAACUUUUUGUUCUGACAUUGUUUAUGAAGAGAAAACUUCAUACACGUGCCAUUUAAUAUGCUCUUUUAUCCAAUUUUAAAAAAAAAACUCUAAAAAUGGUGUAUUAUAUGGACUAAAUAAAGAACAUGUGAAUUUUA